AUGCACUCUCCAACGUUUCCGAUUAUCGUCUUGCUCACUGUUUUAUCGGGCCUUCGCGCACUGCCCCACAGAUGGUAUGAGGUCCCGGUUCCUGGAGAACUCACAGAGCCCCUACUACGCCCCGGAGCCACGGAGCUCCCCGAUGAGGAGACGAUUCAGGAAGCAACCCCGGUAGAAACAGUGCUGCCACCCUUGCAACCCAAAGAACUCUGGCUCCGAAUGGUCAAAGAGCAUCAUCCAGAUGUCCCCAAUCCCGAAGUACACACCUUUAAGCUAGUGUCCAAUCACAAACGGUGUACAGCUACAAUCUGGUCAACUCGGCGACCAUGUCGUGGUGUGGUCAAUGGAGACUCCUUCAAAUGUCGCAAGUGCGGUGGCCUUACAGCUGUACAUUGGAACCCUUGCCCUUACAACCACAAGACUGGGAUCUAUGAGGGCGCAGUGGGCAGGGAUAAAGAUGUGGAAGAGGAGGAUAAGCCAAUUCAUCAAGUAGCACACACAGCUGUAAUCCAUUAA